UAUUUCCUAUAUUCCUAUUUGCUAUUGUGUGCGCUAAUUACUUCAAUUGGAUUUGAAAUUUUAUUGAUUUGAAUUAAAAUAAUAAAUAAUUAAACAAAAACCAUGGCUCUUCAUGUACCCAAAGCUCCUGGCUUCUCCCAGAUGUUGAAGGAAGGUGCAAGGUACUAUUCUGGUUUAGAAGAAGCUGUUAUAAGGAAUAUUGGAGCAUGCAAAGAAUUUUCUCAUUCUGUUCAAUCUGCCUAUGGGCCAAAUGGAAUGAACAAAAUGGUCAUCAACCAUUUAGAGAAAAUGUUCGUUACUAGCGAUGCCGCUACUAUCAUUAGAGAAUUAGAUGUGGAACAUCCAGCUGCAAAGUUGAUGAUCCUUGGUUCUGAAAUGCAAGAUUCUGAAGUUGGAGAUGGGACUAACUUCGUUAUAAUUCUAGCAGGAUCAUUAUUGGAAUGCUCUGAAGAACUUAUUCGUCUUGGAGUAACACCGACUGAAAUUGCUGAUGGAUAUGAAUUAGCAUUGGACAAAUGCUUAGAGAUUUUACCAAAACUUGUAUGCAAAGAAGUCAAAAAUAAUCUUGAUGUUGAAAAUAUGAAGAAGGGAAUUCUAACUUCCGUUCAAUCAAAACAGUAUGGAAAUGAAGAGUUUUUGGCAGAUCUGAUAAUAAAGGCUUGUGAUUCUAUCAUAAGUGGAGAUACAACUUUCAAUGUUGAUAACGUCCGUGUGUGCAAAAUUCCGGGCUCUGGUCUCUUCAGUUCUCAGGUUCUUAGGGGCAUGGUCUUCAAAAAGCAGAUUGAAGGAGAGGUAACAAAAGUAGAAAAAGGCAAAAUUGCUUUGUACAGUUGUCCUGUUGAUAUUAUGCAAACUGAGACUAAAGGAACUGUUCUCAUUAAAACUGCUGAGGAAUUGACUAGUUUCAGUAGAGGAGAAGAAAAUUUACUGGAACUGCAAAUAAAAGCUAUCGCUGAUACUGGAGCAAAAGUUAUUGUGUCCGGAGCUAAAUUCGGCGAUAUGGCAUUACAUUAUGUCAACAAAUAUGGUCUCAUGGCUGUCAGAUUGAACUCCAAGUUUGACCUCAGAAGACUUAGUAAAUCUGUUGGAGGAACAGUUCUACCUAGAAUAACACCACCUUCUCCACAAGAACUAGGAUAUUGUGAUUUGGUAUAUGUUGAAGAGCUUGGUGAUACUCCAACUGUUGUUUUCAAAUCAGAAGGAAAGGAUGCUAGGAUUUCUACCAUUGUUAUCAGAGGUGCCACAGACAGUUACAUGGAUGACAUCGAAAGAGCUAUUGAUGAUGGUGUUAACACAUACAAAUGUUUGUCAAGGGAUGGCAGACUUGUACCAGGAGCUGGUGCUGUAGAAGUUGAAUUGGCUUGUCAGCUAUCAGAAUAUGCUGAUACUCUUCCAGGACUUGAGCAGUACGCUGUUAGGAAAUUCGCUAACGCUCUGGAAACCUUCCCAAAGGCAUUAGCAGAAAACAGUGGUUUAAGGUCUACAGUUGUAUUAGAAAAACUGUUGGCCGCCCACAAAAAUGGAGAAAAAAAUGUUGGUGUGGAUAUCGAAUCUGAUAACUCAACCUGCGAUGUCUUGGACAAAAACAUCCUAGAUCUUUACACUUGCAAAUAUUGGGGAUUAAAAUAUGCAGUUGGAGCUGCUACAACAAUACUUCGAGUGGAUCAAAUCAUCAUGGCCAAGAGGGCAGGUGGACCUAAACCAAGGCAGGGAGGAGGUGAUAAUGAUGAUGACUGAAAUGUUUUUUCAUAUUAAUCAGUAUCAUUUGUGCUUAAUUUAACUUUUUUAAUUAACUAAUAAAUUAAUGAAAUUUGACUGACCUAUAA